CCGAGGGUGGGUUGGUGGGUGACCCUGCCCCAAGCAGCUCUGCUCUGUUCCGUUGCAUUGGUCGCCUGUCCGAAAUUUCGCGGAAACAUUUUCUUGCUGCUCCCACGUUUCCCCUCUUCGCGUCAACAACCACCGACAACACCUCGACUCCGGUCGCGGAAACCGGUCCCAGCGCCAAAACUCUCACACCGACGAUAGCGCCCACAUCGGUCUUCUUGUCCGCUCCGUAAGAAGCCGGUGCGCGCGAGAGACCAGCGACCGUCAUGCGGUCGCACUUUUGGAUUCUGGCCGCGUCGGGCCGUUUGGUGUGCGCAGACUUGGGUUUCGGGCAGAAGCUCGAGUACCACGCGGGAGAUGUGGCCAGUCUUUUACCGAGGGAAACAAGGGCGUCGGGUCCUGAUGGCGUGAACGGCUGGACGCCGCGACCGACCGAGGCUCCCCCGACAGAGCUGGUGCGGAGGAGACAGGAGUGGGCGAACCUGAAGAGGCAGGAUUCUUCAAACACCUGGAUCAAUGACAAGACAUGCGGAUGGUUGGCCAAUGCCGAGUCCGAACCUUUUGUUUGUGCUUCGGAUUACACUUGCGCGACGAACUCGGACAAUGUUGUCGACUGCACGUCCUCCGGGGACGAGAACCCGUUCUCCACCUUUUUUACGGUAUGCUUCGACUAUUCAGCGUACAAAAACGGGUUAUGCGACAAGUUUGUUCCAAAGACCGGGUGCUGCAUGACCGAGUCUAUUGGGGAAUGCAUCACGUACGUGUGGCCGGGCUCAACAGAGAGGUCCAUGUAUCGUUGCUACAGCGAGCGGAAGAUCGUCACCAUGCUGGAGACACCCUCCGGCCUGGAGACCUCUACCAGCACGACUUCCACGUCCAGCACGAGCUCCGAGACUUCGCAAACCGAGGAGGCCAGCACGACCGCCACCGAUGAUGAGGCGAACGAGACCGAGACAAGCACGCCCUCUUCCCGUCCCAAGGAGGGCAGCAACAACACGGGCGCGAUCGUCGGCGGGGUCGUCGGCGGAGUGGCGGGCAUAGCCCUGAUCGCCGGCGCCAUCGCCUUCUUCAUCAUCCGGUCGCGCAAGAACGCGGCGAACGGCAACAUUGGCGGAGGCACCGCCGACUACAGCGCUGUCGCGCCCAACGACACCGCGUACCACCCGGGCAGUCCCAUGCCGCCGUCGGUGGCGGGGUACCCGCAGAUGUCCCAGGCCGGCUACUACAACCCGAACGCCAUGGGCAACAACAACAACAACAACAACCUCAAUCUACCCGACACCCCUUACCUGUCCAGCACGACGCCGCCUCCCGUCUCGACCGGGUACAACACCAACUCGUACUACGAUCCCCCCAAGGACGCGGCCGAUCAGCAGCAUCAUCAGCAGCCCGGUUACGCUCCUUACUCCGGCGCGCCCACACCGCCUCAGGGACAGGGGCUGUAUCCCGGUGCCGGUGGGGGGUACCCGCAGCACGGGCAGUACCCGCAGCAGGUGUCGGAGCUGGACACGUCAAACGCGCCGAUGGGACAGCAAUCCAACCCCGCCGAAAUGGCGGGCGACACGCCCGCGCGGCACUGAGCUCUGGCCCCUCCCCAUGUGUGGCGAGGUCCCUUGGAUUCCUUUUAUGACGGAGUAGGAGGUGGUGCUUAAAACGGGCGUCAGACAGGGCC